UCCAUAGGGUCACAAAGAGUCGAACACAGCUCAAGUGACUUAGCACAUACACACAGUAAGACAGUUAUAGUGAAUCACAGAUUUUGACCUUUAGCAUAUUUGAUUCUGCCAAUAUUGUUUUGUACUUGCAUAUAUUUUAUUCUGUUUCUGAACAUUUAUUAAGAGGAGCAGUUUGCCUGUAUCCUUCAGUAAGAUGUAUUUGAACUGUAAAUAGCACCAAUGUUUUCAUAUCACUUCAAGUAGAUAUAUAAUACAGUGGAGAGUUAAUAAUUUUUUCACUCUCUGCGGGCAAUAACUUCCAAUACAGAGUUUAUUACUUUAGAAAGGACUCAAUAAAUGUUCAAUAAAUGAAAAGACUUUGGCUGAUUUAGGAUAGGCAAAAUACAUUAGUGAAAGAAGUGAAGGAAAAAAAAUAUUCAUGAUAUGACUUUCAUUUUCAUCAAGAGAGAUGACAGCUAAGCACAGUCCAGGAACUCUGACCAUUAAAUGAAACAGUGAAAUGAAGCCCAGAGGGAACAGUCGGUGCCAUGUGGAAGGCACUUUUUUUGCUGGUCUUGUUGGCGCUCAGCCCUGGUGCUGAUGGGCUGUUUCGCUCCUUGUACAGAAAAGCCCAUGUUUCCAGACCACGUAAAGGAAACCCAGGACAGCCGUUAUUUCUGACUCCUUAUAUUGAAAGUGGGAAACUUGCAGAAGGGAGACAGUUGAGUUUGGUACCUCCUUUCCCAGGAUGGAAUUUGACAAGCUAUUCUGGCUACAUCACCGUGAAUAAGACUUACAACAGCAACAUUUUCUUCUGGUUCUUUCCUGCAAAGAUAGAGCCACAGAAAGCGCCCGUCGUCCUUUGGCUGCAAGGGGGGCCAGGAGGCUCGUCCAUGUUCGGUCUCUUUGUGGAACAUGGACCUUACAUUGUCAGAGAAAACAUGACUUUGGGUGCCAGAGACUUUCCUUGGACCACUACGUUUUCCAUGCUCUACGUUGAUAAUCCCGUGGGCACAGGUUUCAGUUUUACUGACCAUGUCCAUGGAUAUGCGAUAGAUGAGGAUGACGUGGCCCGAAACUUAUACAGUGCAUUAGUUCAGUUUUUCGAGUUGUUUUCUGACUAUAGAGACAAUGACUUUUAUGCCACUGGGGAGUCUUACGCUGGGAAGUAUGUGCCUGCCAUUGCCCACUACAUCCACGUACUCAACCCUGUGACGACCAUGAAGAUCAACCUGAAGGGAAUUGCUCUCGGAGACGCGUAUUCUGAUCCCAAGUCGAUCAUAGAGGGCUACCCAUCAUUCCUGUUCCAGAUUGGCUUGCUGGAUGAGCAGGAGAAAAAGCACUUCCAGAAGCAGUGCAAUGACUGCGUGAAAUUCAUCCACCAGGAGAAGUGGCUUCAAGCCUUUGAAUUACUGGACCGACUACUAGACGGUGGCUUAAUAAGCGAACCUUCUUACUUCCAGAAUGUUACAGGAUGUUCUAAUUACUACAACCUUUUACUGUGCACGGAGCCUGAUGACCAAAGUUACUACGGGAAAUUUUUGUCCCUCCCCCACGUGAGACAAGCCAUCCAUGUGGGAAACCAGACUUUUAGUGAUGGAGCCAAAGUUGAAAAGUACUUGCGAGAAGAUACAGUCAAGUCAGUGAAACCAUGGUUAGCUGAAAUCAUGAAUAAUUACAAGGUUCUAAUCUACAAUGGCCAACUGGACGUCAUUGUGGCAGCUUCCCUAACAGAGCGCUCCUUGAUGGCCAUGGACUGGAAAGGAUCUCAGAAAUACAAGAAGGCAGAAAAAAAAGUUUGGAGGAUUCUUAAAUCUGAUCCUGAAGUGGCUGGUUAUGUACGGCAUGUGGAUAACUUCUGUCAGGUAAUUGUUCGAGGUGGAGGCCACAUUUUGCCCUAUGACCAGCCUCUGCGAGCUUUUGACAUGAUUAAUCGAUUCAUUUUUGGAAGAGGAUGGGAUCCUUAUUGAUGGAUAAGCUGCUUUCCUAAAGGAGACCAUCAUGGCUUUUAAUCUUUGAAAAGAAAAUUUUCAAGACAGAAAAUGUUACAUAAAUAAGAAAAUUAUCUUCUUAAAACUGCAAAAUGUUCCUCAUCAAUAAAAAUUAUCCUUAAAACAAAUGAGGCUCUGUUUUGGGGGAGAGAUGGUUCAUUAAAAAAUUAACUGUAAGAAAAUGUUGUGCAUGAGUGAGAAUUACAUCAUUUAUCUUAACGGGUACAAAGAAUGGAUUCUGAGACACCAAUUCAGAUAGAAAUGGAUAAAUAAAUGGGAUGUUGGGGCCUUGAAUAAGAAUUUUAAAUUCCUUCUCUAAUGAUGUGAAAAGUGCAAUAAAUGGAGUUGUAACUAUCUUGUUCUGUAAAUAACAGAAAAGUUUAUCAUACCAUGUAUCUGAAGGUAUUGCAUAAAUAUUAGAUAAGGACAUCUGAAUUAUCAUUCCAAAUAUAAGAUGUACUUAUAAUAGUGGUGAGGAAGAGACUUCAGAAUGUAGAAAGUCUUAGCAAGAACGGUGGUGUGCAAUUCUUUGAACUAAAAAUCUUAUAUGUAAAAGAAAUAAUGUAUCUGUACCUACUUAUUGAUGAUAAGCAAAGAAUCUUAUUCAGAGAACAUACUAAAUCUUUGCCUAUUCUUUCUUUGUUCUCUUUGUUUUUUUUUUAGUUCAUAGGUUCAUUUUAAGUAUGCACAUUUAUCAAACAGCCUGCAGGCCAUAUUAGUUAUGAGCUGUUUUUACUUUGAGUUUUAAAUUCUGUUCUUCUUUAGCCAAAUAAGGAAUAACCUAAUUUUGUAUAAUUGUUGGAAUAUAAAAAAAAUGAGAUCCUCUUGCAUCAAAAUGCAUUUAUAAAUAUGCAUAUGUUAGUAACUUUC